AUGCCGGUUCAACUCAUCGUCACAAAGUGUGACUACGACAUGGUGGCUGAAGGAAGGUCUUCGCCCUACGUGAUCCGCAAAUACAGGAUCGGAUGCAUCGCGCUAAUGCUAUUCAUUAUCUCUUUCAUCAUCGGCGCCGCCGCCGGCUUCCAUUACGGCAAAAACGAUAGAGCCACAGUCGCUGCCAAACAGCACACUGAUGUUAUCGACAAAGUCGCGGAACUAGCAGCCGAAAUUUUGACCCAAAUGAAUUCCACAAUUUCGAAGAGCACACGAUCCGUGCAAAACGAUACAGCCAUCGAGGCGACCAAAAAGAACGAAACCUGGCGUGUCGACCCGGAAACGCUUGCCGCCUAUCGUAGAAACCCAGAACAGUGGCUGGCGGUUGGAACGAGCGAGGCCAUGUUCGAUUGGAAUUUCAUCGAACGCGGCGAGCCGAAAUUUCACAUCAAUACGUCGCUCUUUGAGGGGUUUUGGCUGGUCAGGAGAAACAAAACUACGACACGUGCCCCCAAGGCCACGACAAUGGCAACGGUGACGAGGAAGGCUGACAUCCCAUACAUAGUCUAUGGCCAGCUCGUCAGAUCCUGCUACAAUCCCACAAAGUUUAACAAUACAGAGGUUUGCCCGCCGGUCGCCGAUGGAGACAUGUCUGUUUGCUACACCCUGCGCAACACGACAAGCUUGAUACAACAGGAAUCGGGAUGCCGAACGUUGUUCAAGAAACACGUCAUCGCGCGCGAGGGUCUGAUCUGCUCGAUGAACCACGAAAAAGCCCUGAAGAACCCGGGCACCGAAUACUGCGUCUGCUACACCACCAAUUGCAACAAGCCCCAGGAGCAGGAA